GAGAUGAGUAAUUUAAAGUCUUUGAUUUUGAUAUUCUGACCUAAUGCCAUAGGGGCAUGAAUGUAUACCUCUGAGCAGGAUAAAAAGCUAGUUUAAGAAAUAAUGCUGUAUUGUUUUCUAAAUAUUGCUAAUUUAAUUAUUACAGAAUAUCUUAGCCAUUGGGAGGCCUUUUUUUUUUUACUUUACACUUUUGUGACAUGUUCAGGAAGAAAGCAUUUUAUCUAGGUGAUUUAAAUUUGUAUUUAUGGUAAGCCAAAAAGUUUAGACCAAAACAAUUAUUUAUACUUAUUUUCGCUUAUUUAAGCAGUUAAAGCAGUAGUUGCAUGUUUGCUGCAUGGGCAAAUUACUGUGGUAUUAGAGCAAAAGCAGUCUACUAGAGAAACAGAAAUCCAAAUGUAUUAACCCGGAUUCCAGGUUUUCCUACAGAUCAAAGAAACGGAGACAAAGAGUUUGUUAUUCGCAGAGCUGCUACAAAUAGAGUCCUGAAUGUGUUGCGUCACUGGGUGUCCAAACACUCGCAGGACUUUGAGCAGAACACAGAACUAAAGAUGCGAGUAAUUGGCUUCCUGGAGGAGGUGAUGCAUGACCCAGAGCUCCUGACACAGGAAAGAAAAGCAGCUGCAAACAUUAUCAGGACUCUGACUCAGGAGGAUCCUGGAGACAGCCAGCCCAGCAUUGAGGAGAUCACACAGAUGGCCAUGGAAGAAAGUAAGACAGAACCAUUUGAAAACCACUCUGCCUUGGAGAUUGCUGAGCAGCUCACAAUGUUGGACCACUUGGUCUUUAAAGUCAUCCCGUAUGAGGAGUUCUUUGGACAAGGCUGGAUGAAGAAUGACAAGAAUGAAAGGACACCAUACAUAAUGAAAACAACCAAGCAUUUUAAUGAUGUAU